AUGCUAGCAAUGGAGCAUCAGCAGGAGGAGUCGUGUGUUCCCCCGGGGUUCAGGUUCCACCCCACAGAGGAGGAGCUGGUGGGGUACUACCUGGCCAGGAAGGUGGCCGCCCAAACGAUUGACCUCGACAUCAUCCAGGAGGUCGAUCUCUACCGGAUCGAGCCAUGGGACCUCCAAGACAGGUGCGUCGGCGGCAAGGGAGGACGGGGAGCGCGUCAGGUAGCGGAGGACGAGCAGUCAUCGUCGGAGUUGUACUUCUUCAGCUUCAAGGACCGCAAGUAUCCGAGCGGCACGCGCACCAACCGCGCCACGGCGGCCGGGUUCUGGAAAGCCACCGGCAGGGACAAGCCGGUGACGUCGUCCAGGAGCCGGGGCGUCAUCGGCAUGAGGAAGACGCUCGUCUUCUACCGGGGCCGCGCCCCCAAUGGUAGGAAGACCGAUUGGAUCAUCCACGAGUAUCGCCUCCAGACAAGCGAGCACGCACCCACACAGGAGGAAGGUUGGGUGGUGUGCCGGGCGUUCCAGAAGCCCACCCCGAACCAGAGGCCGUCCUACAUCUUCCCUGCAUACGCCGACGCGCGGCCGUGGCUGCACAUCCAAGGCGGCGGUGACCUCCAUUACCUGCAGAGCGGCACUGGCGCUGCCGGGGCCGGCGGCCUCGGCUUCCCGAGCCAGGACGUCAAUUACUCCUCCGAGGACCUGCUGGACUCCAAGCAGAGUCUCUUCGGCAAUAUCCCGCAGCUCAUCGAGAGCCCGCCGGCGACUGCCCUCCUAGGCUGCGGCGACGAUGCCGUCCUCCAGCAGCAGGGACAGGGACAGGCGGCGGCCGGCAUCGACUGGAACUUCCUGGACAGCUUGCUGUCCACGUCACAGCUCCACGUCACAGCGUCACAUCUGCACCUAGAGCAGUGA